AUGGCAGCCUUUGUCCCUACAGGUGCAACGAUGAGUUUUUUCCUAGUUGUGAAUAUCCUGGCAUUAACCAUGCCUUUUUUGGGUGCAGAGGUGCAAAACCAGGAACAACCAACAUGCCGUGAGAAUAAUGAAAGAUUGUUUGAUCAAUACACAGUCAAAUAUAUUCCAAUUCAGUAUGUGCUGAAUAGUUACACUCCAUUUGAACACAAUUCCUACCAAUAUAGACCAGCUGUACCAAUUAAUAACCAAUAUAUGCCUUAUCCAUAUUAUGCAAAAUCAGUUUCAUUUAGGCCACGUGUCCAAAUUCCUCAGCGGCAAAUCCUGCCAAAUAUCUACCCAUCCACUGUGGUACAUCACUCAUACCAACAUCCAUCAUUUAUUGCUGUUCCCCCAAAAAAAAUUCAAGAUAAAACAGUCAUUCCUAACAUCAAUACCAUUGCUACUGUUAACCCUACAUUUAUUCCUACCACUGAACCAAUGGUGAGCACUGGAGUUACUCCAAAAGCUUCCUCAGAAUUCAUCACAAGCACACCUGAGACUACCACAGUCACACUUAUUUCAUCCAUGGUCUAG